UCCUAUGAGAUUUAAUUAAAACAAUUUGAAAUGGCGAAACCUUUGCAAAAAGAACGAGAAAACCGAUCCGCAGAAAAGAAAGAUUUCACGUUCCAUCCGUAUAACAUCACGCCGGAGAGCGCUCAUACUUCGAUUCUUCUUCUGGAAUCAACUGAAUCUGAAAUAUUAUGUCAGACUCUACGAGCAUUAACGAAGUUCUCAGCACAAGAAAUGCAGAAUCGUCAUGUUCUCUACAAUUUGAACGCUCUAAAGUACAUACUGCCCCAUAUUGAACACCCUGAAUUAAACAUCAGGCGUUUUGCGUUGAAAGCUCUAGCACAGUUGUGUCAGUUGCCAAAGGGACCAGAGCAAGUGCUGGCAAACCCAAAGAAUUUGCGGACAGUGGCCUUUAUACUAGUGAAGAUAGAAGAUGUAUUCGUGCUAGAGUUUGCGUCUCUAGUGCUGGCGGAAUUGACUCGAGAGCCGCUGGGAUGCGAGCAGCUGGUCUCAGCUAACAUCCUCAACAGUCUCUGCUCUCGUAUGAAGAACAGCCUCGAUCCGGAUGUUCAGAAAAAUUGUUUACAGACUCUAAGUAAUCUGCUCGAAGAUCCAACAUGCGCAUCAGAAGUGACGAAGAACCAGCAGUUUAGUUGGCCGUCCAUUUUAGCUCUAAUGCAGAGUGCGUACUUGGCGAUACAGCAUGCGGCUCUGAAGACCGUCGACCAAUUGAUAUGCAGAUAUAAGGACCAAGUGGUGCAGAAAACAUUUCGCGCUUCUACUGGCGUGCUGGAUCUGUGUGAUAUUUUGGAGUCGUAUGAAUUCCGAGAUGUACACGUCCAAGUUCUAGGGGUGUUACGUAACUACGUAGAAACCGAGGAGAAUGCUGCCCAUUUGUACCAAUCGGGAUGCAUCUUACGUCUUCUGGCUUACCUUGAAAUGGCUUUGCCGGCUAUGAAACCUCACUGCCUCGCCGUACUGACCAAGAUAUCCUUCACUGCUAAUGGGAGAGACGCUCUUUACCAAACUGGCACAGACCUGGUGUUCUGUCAUCAACUGCUCAGUUCCAAUGUGGACCUGCUAGCCGAUGCAGCCAUGGGCGUUGCCAACAUGACCAAAUUGCUGCCAGCCGCUGUCCGAAUGUCGGACACUAAUAUCAUUGAAGCGCUUUGUGCUAUUCUAAGUGACGAUGCAGCAGUGUGGUUCUACAUUCGCAUGAAUUCCCUACGUGCCCUGGCUGAACUCUGUCGCAUCAUUCCUAAAGCAGCCUUCAGUCUCGUGGAGCCGAAGAUAUUUGCUUCUUUGAGGAACAUCAACAAGAAGUUUAAAGAAACCCCAAUAGAAGCGCAACGUCUGGCAGUGCAAUGUUACAUCAAUCUGCUGAACUACCACGUCAGCACCAAGGCCAUGCUCAAUGCAGAAUUUAUGCAAGAGUUGCUCAAUAUAUUACAGCGCAUUGAUACAUUGUUGAAAAUCAUGACAUGCAAAGUUUUGACUGGACUCAUGAGAGAGGACGUUGCUAAGGAAUUAUUUACAUAUAAAAAAGGUGAAGAGGUAAUUUCGAACAACUUGCGUAUAGAUCACGUAGGGUUCCGAACAGCGCUGUGCAUCCUCAUCAGCGCGAGCGUUACAGACGAUGGUGCUGACGCUUACCUUGAGCUUGGAACUAUCCAUUAUAUGGUGGAAAAUAAGCAAGCACGAUAUGUAGUCAGUGCGUGGGAGUCAGCAUUAGAGGAGAUAUUUCGACAUCAUCCCUCCGCCAAAUUCGCUUACACUGGACGAUUGGAUAUUAAUGAUUUUACUAAGGAAGGAUUCUAUGUGCAGAAGAAGUUGGGUGAAUCUUUUCCUACGAUUUAUGCGUUGGCAGAAGCACCGCCCCCUCACCAGUAUCCAGUGUACAUCAGUAUGUUCCACCAGCCUGCCUAUGACGUCGCUUCCGGUAUUGAUAUUAAGUCGCCAUAUCGUCCAUCGGAAUCCCGGCUUACGGAGUCAGAGUCGGGUCAUUUCCGGGCAAUACCUGACGAUGUCAACUUGCGUAACUACCUCCUGCGUCUACGCUUGUGGUUUGGCGAACCAGCAAAAUCUAUGCAUUACAUUGAAAUAGAAGACGCGCAUUAUGAAAUCAGAUAUCGUGACAAGUGCGACGAAGUGUCGACAUCGCUGAAGCAACGCGCUCAACUGUUGGGAGAGUUCGUGGCGGAACAAAUGUGCGGACUUACGCAGGAGCGCGAUUGCUCUAUGCCCAGUGUUAACUUGCACGUGGCGGAUUUGAUGAAUGAGCUGAACUCCCCUCUAGUGGGUCUGGGCUUUAUCAAAUGUGGGGGUCAGUUGGAGAGGGCGCUGCUGUACAAAGUGCUGGCAGACAGAGUGGGGCUGCCCUGCGCCUUGCACAGGGGCUCCAGCGCUCACGCUUGGUGCGAGAUCGCCGUGCCAGAAAUAGACCCGAAUGAAAAGCUAGACAAACCCCUGAACUACCCAGCGGGCCUUCUCAGAGUGAACUACGUAGUGGACCUUACGGAGCGGCCGGGUAGACUGCUACCACUAUCGUCGCCGGAAGCGCAGCGCGCGUGCGCCCGUGAUUGCGCGCCAUACACUGCGCGCGCGCUCCCAGACACAUGCAAGUGCGAGCAUUGAAAACCUUCAAUGGAUUCAUCAUCAUAUCAGCCGAUGGACGUCCACUGCAGGACUGUCUUUUGUAGGGACUUUCAAACAUCACGAUCCAGCUUGUAGCAAGUCGCACGUCGAUUCUCUUUCUUAGGAUCGCAGAUAAAAGUAUGGGUACUUGAUCACGUGACCUGUCGAUAGCAAAUGUCAUUCCCAAACAUCUUUCUAGUUUUCGAAGCGUUAGCGAUCUUAGAAGGAGAAUCGACGUGCCACUUGGCUGGGGGAGCUGAGCCGCCUGCAUCCAGCGCAAUCUGCGAUUCGCUUGAUGUCGGCAGUCCACCUGGUGGGGAAUCGACCAACACUGCGCUUUCUAGUGCGGGGUCCAUUCCAGCUCCUCGGGACCUCCACGUCCAUCGGCUCUUCGAACUAUGUGCCCCGCUCAUUGCCAAUUCAGCUUCGCGACUCGCUGAGCUGUCGAUGACUUUCGUUGUACUCCGAGCAUAGCUCGUUCCAUCGCCCGCUUUAAUAGAUUACGAAAUAAUAUUGUACCAAACUGAAUUGCAAAUUAAACUAUAGACUACCAUUCCUUGGCGGCAACUGCAGAAUAACAAUGCAAUAGAAAUGGCGUGUAUACACGUCGAUUUCUCGCCGCUUAUACGAGCUACAGACCUGCAGUUUUAACUGUAAAGUCAUCAUCUUCAGUUAAACUGAUUUAUUCGAAAUAUUUUGAGAUAAAUAUCUGUAGCCCGCGUAAGUGACAUACAGUGGAAUUCAGACGUUGUAGGGGCACCCCCAGGGGAUAAUUCAACCGCUGUGUCAAAUUCUCAAACAAAUAAAGGUUAAAUUCGACACUCAGCGGCUGAAUGAUCCCCUGGACCCUGGUGCCCCCACAACGUCUAUGAAAUUCCACUCAUAGACAUCUCUAGAUAUAUUUAGUCUGGUGAAUCUAAAUUUCUCAGAUUAGUAAUAGAAUCUAAAUAAGAUAAUAUGAUUGGUUUUCUUAUUAUAUAAACAAAUAAAACAUAUAAAAAUUGUAAAUAGUCAUUUAUUUUAAAUAUAUAAUUCACACUGGCAGUUAUUUCAUUUAAUUUAUUAUAUAUGAUGUAUGAAGAACCAUACAAAUAAAUAAUUUAAAUACAUUGCAAGUCACUGUGGCCUAAAGGCCUAAUAUAAAUGGACGGUUGGACAAUCACAAACAUUUACACAAACUUAAGCCUAGUACACAAAAGUGACAACUAGAAUCGCAAUUCCUUGAAUUAAUGCUCAGUCGCUAACAUGCGAGAUAAACUCUUGAAGAGAAAUAGACAAAUUUCAGCCAAUGGCAGUCAAACCGGAAAUACCGAUCUCUUUCAUUCACACGACAACUCCACCGCCAUUGGACGAUAUUUUGUCUAUUUCUCUUCAUUUGGUUGCAUGUUGGCACCACUGGAAAUAUAAUGUAUACCUAAGUGUAUACUUUUUCGUUUAUUACGUACGUAUUUUUAUGUAUUGCGAUUCAUUCACUUGUUCAGUCACCGUUUAAUUAAAUUAACUUAAAAUAUUAUUAUUAUCACUUUAAAUACUAAAUUUUACUCGGGCAAUGAUGAUGAAAGAAUUAUGAUCGAUUUUAUUCCUUUAUCAAUAAAAAAAAAAAAAACAAAA